AUGCCUCACUCUUGUAGUGUGUGGUCAUCCCUGCAGAGACGCCUCACUCCAGCAGUGCAGGCCUUUGGGCUUCUGGCCCCCAUGUUCCAGAUUAUCUGUCAAGAAGAGAGCCAAGUGAUAGGGACAGGCAACCUGCAGUCCACCAUGCUGGAAGGGCAUGGCAUGAAUCCACCAGACCUAGACCUCUCCGCCAUCGACGACAAAAUCUUGUCCAGGAAGGAUUCCCAGCUAGACAGGGAAAUGACAGGCAAAGCCAAGUCCAUGCUCUUUGCCAGCUGUGACAAAAAAAGAAUCCUUCGAAAGAAGAGACGGGAUCUGCAGGAGACCAUGGACAUGAUGGAGUCACAGACACUGCUGAUGACCCUGCUGUCUGUGAAGAUGGAGAACAACCUGGCUCUGCUGGAGGAGAAGGCAGAGAAAGACUUGGCAUCCAUAUGCCAUGAGAAGGAGAGGCUGCAGAGGCAGGCACUGGAGCUGCGGUGCCAGAUGCUUCUCCGACAGAAACAUCAGGAGUUGGCUGCCACCCUUGAUGCCCAGAUUGAGGAGCUGAGUCCUCUUCAGCCUGUGUUAGAGCGUUUCAAAGAGGAAUACAAGACACUGGGCAGAGCCUUGGACACCACACGACAUGAGCUGCCCUUGCAGGCUGUCCACAUGGAAGGAAGUGGGCAGGAGCUCCUAGGUAGGCAUUUCCAUGGCAGGGAGGAGUCCCAAGGCCCACAUGUGACAUCCUAGGUGCCUCAGCUCUGGUGUAGUAUCAGAACCCAUGUCCUCACCAGUGUGGGUAAAACAUGGGCAGCUGAGUAAGAGAUUCUGUUCCGGGGAUGCUGACCUCACAGCUGCAUGGCACUGGGGGGAAGGGGUUCCUGAAAUGGUCCUACCAGUGGGGUAAGAUGUUGGUGAGGAGGUCACUGGUAGACCAGUGCUACAUGCACUGGUGAUUCUCUGGAGCAGCCCACUCCAGGGGGAUGGUUUAUCUGCAUAGGCUCUGCUUACUGCUCUCUUACCCUCAUGUCUAGUGGUUGCUUUCAGGACCCCUAAGGACAACUGAAGCUAUGGACCCUCAAGUUUCUCCUAGAAAUAG